AUGGCCGUAUUGUCAGUAGGUAGUGUUUCGUCGUUUGAACGUUGGGUAAACAUCUACUUACUGGCAACAUGUUAUCCAAAAUGCAAAAAUGGUGGGGAGUGCCUCAGACCUGGAAAAUGCAGAUGUCCACCUGGCUAUGGGGGUAGAUACUGUCAUAAAGUAAGCUGUGAAGGAGGCUGUCAAAAUGGUGGGGAAUGCAUCUCUGUCAAUGGAGUUGUGAAGUGCCUUUGUGCUUCUGGCUGGACCGGAUCAAGAUGCCAAGAAGCAAUUUGUCCUCAAGGUUGUCGGAAUAAUGGAGCUUGUGUGGCUCCUGGGAUUUGUAGCUGUCCGGCUGGAUGGGUCGGUGGAGCAUGUCAUUUAGCUGUGUGUAAGCUGCCUUGUCAACAUGGAGGAAAAUGCAUAGCUCCAAACGUGUGCAGAUGUCGACUGCCGUACUCUGGUCUGCAGUGCACGAAGAAAAGGAAGGAGUGA